AUGUUCGCUGGCAUUGACACGAAGCGUCAGUCGCUGAAGCAACAGUGGAGCAAUACCUCUAUCUACCGGGCACGAUGCGAACAGGAAAGCGCCGUCAUCUCAAUCUUGGAUCACACGGCAGAUGUCGGCUUGUUCGAGGCCGAUUCUCUGGUCUCAGUGCCCGAGGCCCUGGAGGCUUUUUCGUCAUUGGACCCGAAGCCUUGCAACACGGCUAUCUGGCUGAAGGAUCCUCUGAUCAAGACCGAUCUUUCUGAGAACGAUGUUGUGGUUUCACUAUGUCCUCCAUAUCGAUCCGCUACAAUCCUCCAUGACCCUCCUUUACCACAAGCCCACUGCUUCUCGAGCCCAAGCACUGUGAAGACAGCCGUUUUCAUGGUUCAUCCCGGUGGCAAGUCAAUCCUAGCUGCGUUCAUUUCUAGCCAGAGCGGCUUUGGCCCCGAGCAUGCCCAUCCAUUCCAUGCCAUUCCCAAAGACAAGUCCGCAAUGGUGGCUCCCGCCGCACAAAUGAGCCAGGAGCUAGCUCGAAGACUACCUUCCUACAUGGUUCCAUCGGCCUUCCUGCCUCUGGCCUACUUGCCUUUGACUGCGUCGGGCAAGACGGACCGCCGAAUGCUCUCCACUUUCGGUGAUGGCGUUUCCCUGGCGGAGCUCUGUAAUCACCAGCAAUGGCACCGCUACAACCGUCGCAUGCCCACUAGCUCCUCCGAGAAGAAGCUUUGCGAAUUCCGGGCCGACGUCCUCCACUACCCCCAGGAAAGGAUUGGCGCCGAGGACAAUUUCUUCCAUCUCGGUGGUGACUUCAUUGAAGCGAUAAACCUCACUCGACGCUGCCGAGCGGAGGGCUUCCAGCUCCAAGUCCAAGACAUCUUGGGGAAUUUGACUCUUGAUGGCAUGGCCAAGGCCAUGGUCCCCGCGCGAUCUACUGAGACAAGUCCAGCACGUCCAUUAAAACUUCUUGGACAGGACAUCGAGACCAUGUUGGUCAGCAGCAACGAUGUGCUGUGGACAACUAUCGUCGAUACUAAUGCAUACGGCACUGUACAGGUGGCUACCCGCUACCGUGCUGAGUGGAAGUACGGCACGGACCUGGAGCGCUACCUGCAAUCUGACGAGGAAACACCGAUGAACAUGGGCGAUGCCCUGACCCGACACGGUAUCAUCACCGGAGCCGAGAAGAAUCUGUUUGUGUUAACCAUUCACCACUCCAUCUACGAUGGACUGUCUCUCGACAUGAUUUUCAAUGAUCUUCUCCAGAUGCUCCAAGGGGAUCUUCCGCCAGCUCGCGCUCAGUUCCACGAAUUUGUUCGCCAUGUCAUGGAGAAGAACACUGACAAUGCCACGGAAGAGUUCUGGCGGGCUGCGUUCUCUGAGGAUGAUCUGACUACCUUCCCAACUCUUCCCUCCGCUACCCACAAGCACCUCGCCAACGAGUCGCUCGUGCACAAUCUCAAGCUCAACCGUGGCCCGUCCGACUUCACUGCCGCCACUUUGAUUUGGGGCGCCUGGUCGUUGCUCCAAGCGCGCUACUGCGAUGCUCCGGAGACGGUCUUCGGAUACACAUUGAGUGGUCGGAACGCCCCGGUGCCUGGCGUUGAGGAUAUUGUCGGUCCUGUAAUUGCCACCGUUCCCAUUAAAGCGCAGGUCGAUGCGUCGCAGCCUGUCACUGAGUUCCUGCAGCGGAUCCAAUCCCACACCGUGGACAUGACUCCGGCACAGAACUUCGGUCUUCAGAACAUCGCUCGUAUCUCCAAAAGUGCUGCUGCAGCCUGCAACUUCCAGACUUUGAUCGUCAUUCAGCCCGUCAGCUCCACGCCUGAGAACGGUAUCCUCAAGUCUUUCUCCGCGCCCCGUGCCAGUUUCAGUACCGUGGCGUUGAUGCUCAAAUGUAGCCUGGGUGCCGAUGGCUCGGUCGAGGUCCACACGCACUUCGAUAACGCUGUUCUGUCUCGACUUAAAGUGUCCCGUCUCGUGCGCCAGUUCGAGCACGUCCUCCAUCAGCUUGCCGAACCAGCUGGCACAAUUACCGAACUUGAGAUGAUCAGUCCUCAAGACAAGGAGGAUCUAUUGCACCUUGUCACGCAGAAAUUCCGACAGCCACAUGCCCCUGCCAUCUGCGCAUGGGAUGGAUCACUCACCUAUCACGAACUAGAGGCCGUUUCCAGCAAGCUGGCCGCUCAUCUGAUCAACGCUGGUGUCGGGCCCGAGGUCUUUGUUCCGCUGUGCUUCGAGAAAUCCAUGUGGACCAUUGUCGCCAUGCUGGGCACCAUGAAUGCGGGCGGUGCCUUUGUCCCCAUGGACGCCUCCCAGCCAUAUGGACUUGGCCGUUACCCUGGUCUUGUCGAGAAGGCUAUUGCUGUUGGUCCGAGUAUAACUGAAGCUGCGACUCCCCGUCAUCGUUCUACUCCUGUCAGUCCGUCCAACGCUGCGUAUGUUAUCUUCACUUCUGGCAGCACAGGGACGCCAAAGAGCUCUGUUGUCGAGCAUCGCGCCUUUAGCACGGGCGCUAUUGCGCACAAGGAAGGUCUUCAGAUGGGCCGUCGUGUGCUCCAGUUUGAUUCCUACACUUUUGAUGCUAGUAUCCUGGAGAUUCUGUCGACGCUCGUGCAAGGUGGAUGCGUGUGCGUUCCAACUGAGUCUGAACGCCGCGGCAAAGUUGCCGAGGCCAUGACACGGAUGAAUGUCGACUGGGCUGUACUCACGCCAUCUUUCGUGAACACCGUUGACCCUACCACCGUUCCUACCCUGAAGACGUUUUGCCUUGCUGCAUGGAUGCCACAUGUCAAGUUGGUUAACGGCUAUGGACCCUCAGAGUGCUGUGUUUACACGUCUUCGAACCGCAAAGUCCUCCCCGGUACUAUGCCCAACGGCAUCGGUACAGCAGUUGGUUGCGACUGCUGGGUAGUCGAUCGCGACAACCACAACAAGCUCGCCCCGAUCGGCGCCGUUGGUGAGCUUCUCAUCGAAGGCAAUACGUUGGCUCGCCAUUACCUGAGCAACAAGGAGAAGACCGAAGCGGCGUUUAUUUCCCAACCCGACUGGCUCCCGUUCAACCGGUGUCCGCGUCUGUACAAGACCGGUGACUUGGUCAAGUACGUGCCGAACGGCUUGCUUCUGUUCUUUGGUCGCAAGGAUACUCAGGUCAAGAUCCGUGGCCAGCUUGUCAAACUGGGCGAGAUCGAGUACCAUCUGACACUGCCUCACGAGGUUUCUCAGGCCGUGGUGUCGUAUCCCAAGGCGGGUGUUUAUGCCAACAAGUUGGUCGGUAUCAUUGAGCUGGCCGCGACUGCUGGUCCUGACCUUGUUCCCGUUUCGAACGAUCGCGUUCAGCGUACGAGCUUCUGCUUGAGCUCUCUCGCCGAUCAUUUGUCCGAGACCCUGCCUGUGCAUAUGGUCCUUGUCAUCUGGUUUGUUGUCGAAAAGAUUCCCAGUUCCUCAUCGACCAAGGUCGACCGCAGAACCCGCGAGGCGCCAGCGAUAUCAAUCUUGCGCGCCGAUGAGAGCAAAGCCCAAGCACUCAGCCACAAGACCGCUGCCCUGAUCAAGCACGACGACAACCCGCUGCAAGGCCGCGAGUUUAACAUCGCCGCAACGGGUAUCGACUCGGUACAGGUCAUCAGCUUGGCCAGCUUCAUCAAGCAGCACUAUGGCGUCAAUAUGCCCAUCUCCCGCAUUAUGGACGGCCACAUGAUUGUCCGCUCGCUGGUUUCGUACAUCGACACCGAACUGACGGGCAGAGUCAAGGAGGAAGUACCCGCCUUCGAUGUCAUGAAGGAAGCCGACUCUCUGGUCAAAAACGUCGCGCAGACAUCGAAGGUCCAGAAGACGGUUUUCGUCACCGGUGUCACGGGUUUCCUGGGCACCCAGAUUCUGCGCCAGCUGGCAGAGAUAGUCAAGGGUGCCAACGGCUACGCGCAGACCAAGUAUCUCUCUGAGCUGCUGGUGAAACAGCUUGCAUCGUCGCGGCCGGACCAGUUCGCUAUUAUCAAGCCUGGCCUUAUCCUGGGUACACCGGAGGAAGGCGUCGCCAACACCGACGACUUUGUCUGGCGACUAGUAUCUGCCGUCGUCUAUGCGCGCGUCUCCAGCCAGGAAUACGGCAACAACUGGAUCUUCGUGUCGAGCAGCACCCGCGUGGCAGAAGAAAUAAUCAACCAAGCCUUCUGCCCCGCCGAGACAAUGCGGACCGUCACACACAUGCUUGACGGCCUGACGGAGCACGAAUUCUGGGACAUCUUCCACCGCGAACUCAGGUACCCGCUCCAAAUUGUCCCCCAUGAGACCUGGCUCGAGACAAUGCGGAUAUCCAUUCAGAAAGAAGGAAACGCGCACCCGCUGUGGCCUGUGGCACCGGUAUUCGACUCCAUGCACGGCAGACUAGGCCAAGGUCCCAUGCUGGGUGCGUCGGAGAUGAUCUCGCCUUCGCAGAAGAUGCACGUUAAGGCGACUAUUCGGCGUAACGUGCAGUUCCUUGUUGAGGCGGGCUAUGUUGCCAGUCCGACGGGGCAGAAGGUAAAAUAUGUUGCUGGGAAGGCGUUACAGUGUACGGGGAAUGUAUGGGAUAAUGUGAAGAGGUUGACUGUUAAUGAAACCAAAAAUGGAAGCCUUCGCCCCAGCUCCUCCAACUCGGCGCCAUGUCCAUCGGCUCCGCCUGGUCCGCGGGAAUGGGCAGCAUGGCCAAAGACGCCUCCUUCUCUACGGAAGAUGAUGGGCAGCGAUGCGCAGUCUGAAGAUGAGAUUCGUAUGAGCCAGGCGCUGAGUAUCCGGCCGUCGGAGGAGCAGAUUCGGUUCUUGGAGAGCGUGAAGCCGUUGGAUGUUGGAUAUCCGCAGAACAUGCUUGGUGAGGCGCCCGGGGUUACGGGGCAUGAGGGCAUGGCGUUGGCGGCUGCUGGGAAGAUUGCUUUUGUGAGGUAUCCGAGGGCUAUCGGGUACGAUGUAUACAAUGAUGGAUAUUAUUACAACCCUGUCCUCUACAUAACGGGCCACCGACAUAUCAUCUCCAGCCCAGUCCAGACCUGCACUCCACUGUGA